AUGGAGGCGGGGAUGGAGCGGGAGAGCAGCGCGCUGGGGGGGCUCUUCCAGGCGCUGAUGGCUGACAUGAAGGGCAGCUAUCCAGUGUGGGACGACUUCAUCAGCAAGGCCAGCAAGCUGCAAGCACAACUGAGGACCACGGUGGUGGCGGUCGUCUCCUUCCUGGACGCCUUCCAGAAGGUGGCCGACCUGGCGGCCGGCAGCAGAGGAGGGACCCGGGACAUCGGAUCAGCGCUCACCAGGAUGUGCAUGAGGCACCGCAGCAUCGAGGCCAAGCUCCGCCAGUUCUCCAUGGUGUUUGUGGACUGUCUGAUCAACCCUCUCCAGGAGCAGAUGGAGGAGUGGAAGCGAGUCGCCAACAGUCUGGACAAAGACCACGCCAGAGAGUAUAAGAAGGCCCGUCAGGAGAUCAAGCGGAGGUCGUCCGACACGCUGAAGCUGCAGAAGAAGGCCAGGAAAGCUGAUCUGUUCGGCCGUGGGGACCUGCAGCCCCAGCUGGACUCGGCCCUGCAGGACGUGUCGGAGCGCCUGGUCCUGCUGGAGGAGACGGAGAAGCAGGCGGUGCGCAGGGCGCUGCUGGAGGAGCGCGGCCGCUUCUGCGGCUUCGUGGCCAUGCUGCGGCCCGUCCUGGAGGAGGAGAUGUCCCUGCUGGGGGACGUCAGCCACCUGCAGACCCUGACGGAGGACCUGAAGACCCUCACCAUGGACCCUCACAAGCUGCCCCCCUCCAGCGAGCAGGUGAUCCUGGACCUGAAGAGCUCGGACUGCUCCUGGUCCUACCAGACCCCGCCCUCCUCGCCCAGCGCCACCGUGUCCCGGAAGUCCAGCAUGUGCAGCAGCCUGAACAGCGUGACCAGCAGCGACUCUCGCUCCAGCGGCUCCCACUGCCCCUCCCCCUCCGGCCUCUUCCGCCACCGCGCCUCGUCCUCGUCCUCCUCGGCGCCGCCUCAGCAGACGCCGGCCCGCCUCUCGUCCGUCUCGUCCCACGACUCGGGCUUCCUGUCGCAGGACGCCUUCCAGUCCAAGUCUCCGUCCCCGAUGCCCCCCGACUCCCUGCAGGUACCGAACCCUCCUGCAGGUCUGCUGCCGGACUGGGCCAGACCGGGUCCGUACGACCAGCUGGGGGGAAACACACUGAGGAGCAGCAGCGUCCAGAACCCGGAGGAGCCGCCCGGGGUCAAAGGUCACGCUGAGACGUCACCCAGGGGGGACCGGGCAGCCCAUGAGGAGCUGGCCCGGGUUCUGGCCCGGGGCCUCCGUUUGGACCUCCAGUCUCUGCAGGGCUCCAGCGGCUACAGCAGCCAGACCAACACUCCCUGCUGCUCCGAGGACGCCGCCGCCUCGCAAGUGUCGGACUGUGACUACUGCUCCAUCGGCGGCGAUCCGGACGGCGAGCCGCCGCCGCUGUCAGACGUGGAUAAAUCCUCCGCCGUCCCGCCGCCAUACCGCCACAUGUUUCAGUCCAGACGCCCCGCCUCCGCCGCCGGCUCGUCCUCCGCCCCCUCCGCCGCUGUCACCCCGGGGGUCGCCACCAUCCGACGGACGCCAUCCUCCAAACCCAACCUCCGGCGGCCCCCCGGGGGCCUCAGCCUGGGCCCCAUCCCCAUCAAGCCCCCGAUGAUCCCGGUCAAGACCCCCACCGUGCCCGAGCAUCCCGCCUUCCCCUGCAGCGCCCCGCAGCCCCCGCCCGGCCCCCCGGCCACGCCGGCGGCGGCGGCGCCCAGGGGCGUUCCCUGGGAGGUGAAGCACCGGGCCGAGGCGCCGGACCCCCCCGGCGGGCGCCGCCGCCUGCCGGAGCUGCCGGAGGAGGUGGAGUGCGGCGAGGCGGAGGACUACCUGGCCGCCAUCCGGCGAGGCGUCCGGCUGAGGAAGACCUCCACCGACGACCGCUCGGCGCCCGCCGUCCGCUGA